AUGCAUCAUCGUUUCGCAAGCUCUGACACUGUUCAGAAUGUCAGCCAAGACACCGUGGCCACACGGCCUGUGCAAUAUUCAGUUGACGCUGGCUUGUUCGUUCUCGAAGACGAUGACUGUGAUGCCACUGACGCUGAGCACGUUGAUCUCGACCUGGCUCUGCAGCAACAUGAAACUCUGAAAUCCGCGGAAGAUGACUUCGACUUUGACAUCAAUGAUGAUGAACUGCUCGCAUUGAUACCUGAAGAUGGUGGUACAUGUUCUGACCUUGCAAAGCCUACUUCGAAGUCCCACGCGCAGUCCUACAACACGGACAACGACAGACUAUGCCCCACUCCAGGCUCAUGCGCCGACAUUCCUAUCAUGCUUGAAGAAGUCACCACCAAGACGAGUUCACAGCAAUUGUCAAAACAGUUUACGUCUCCAGUCACUCCGACAACGCGCUUGCAGGCCGCAUAUGGCAACUCAGGUUCCGCGGAGAUUAGGAAACCAAUCGUCAGGCCGCCGUUCCCUGAAUCUGUUCGCGAUCGCUCGCCUAUUAUCGGUCUCUCGUCAAACUCGUUGCUCAGGACGUGUUUUCGCAUCGGUGAGGUGAUCAAUCAGAGUUGUCAAGCAUCUAAGUCUGGGAAGCGCAUUAUGAUCGAAAUGUACGCUAGAAUCCUUGCUUCGGAGCGAACUGGCACAGAGCAACAAUUCACAUUCUGCGACCUCUUCCAUGCCAGGCCGCCUUAUAUCAAAGGAGCAUACAGCGCUGCCAUCUGGAAGUCGGUGCCCCUGUUCGAGUACGACUGCAGUAGGCUUUUACAACAAGGGCGGAUAUGUCGGUGCAUUGGCACCAUGAAGCGAGAGGGAAAAGUGUGGACCAUGACCGUGCUUAACAUUUGGGAAGCUACCUGGGAAGAUAUUGAGUGGGUAGAGGCCAUUGUGACCUUGUAG